UGUUUGCAGUUGAGCAAGAGGCAGAAGGAUGUUCAGUGGAGAGUGAACCGGAGAUGUGGCCUCUAAACUGCAGCACAUCUGAAACUGCCAAUGCAACAGAAGUGGGUGGACUGAAUGCACAUUCAAUCUCUCCCAUGGAAGAGUGCACUGAGCCAUCUGUGGCUGGCAAAAAGAUCAAGCUCUACAGCUGUGCUGACUGCAGCUAUAAAACUCCAUCGAUCACUCAUUGGAAGAGACACAUGACGAAACACACUGGGGAAAAGCAUUUCAGUUGUUAAAGUUGAGAAACAGGAAAGUGCUUUUGAUGACAGUUGGAUUGGAGCUGCACGUAGUGAUACAGCUACUCAGCA